AUGACCUGUGGAUUCGAGCUCACGAAUUCGCUUCAACUGGUUAAGGCCUGGCUCUCACUGGCUAGGAUUCUCUUGACUGAAGUCACGUCGAUGGAAUACUCAAUAGGUAAUUCCGAAGAGCCCGAGAAUUUCUUCGCCACUCAGGUUGAAGAGGUUAGUAGGAGUACCUUGACCCGUGGUCGCGUCGAGUUGUGCAAUGAGCAGAUGGCGAAUGUUCAGGUUCUUCGGGAAAGUGUUGCAAGAUUGGGACCGAAACUGCGGGAUAUUCUGCAAACCGUAAGUAAUGACAUUUUUGUUUGA